UGUGCGCGAGAGGCUGCCGAUAAAGGUUGGGUGCCUCGUGCCGGGGGCUGUUGGGAGGGAGCGCGCCCCCGCCCCCCUCCCAGGCCCCCACUCCUGUCCUGCCGCUGCCGGGGCCCCGUCUUCCCGUCGGCCCCCGCGGGGAGGCCCUAGGUCUUCCCCGCUCACUCCCCCGAUCGGGGCCGCAGGUGUGAUGGUUGGCUCCCACGCAGACAUGGCCCCCGCCUCUACCACCGAGGGGCCCGGGGAGAAGCCUGGCCCCGCAGCCCCUGCACCGACCGCCCAGUACGAGUGUGGGGAGUGUGGCAAGUCUUUCCGGUGGUCUUCCCGGCUCCUCCACCACCAGCGCACACACACAGGCGAGCGGCCCUACAAGUGCCCUGACUGCCCCAAGGCCUUCAAGGGCUCCUCGGCCCUGCUCUACCACCAGCGGGGCCACACAGGCGAGCGGCCCUACCAGUGCCCUGACUGCCCCAAGGCCUUCAAGCGCUCGUCGCUGCUGCAGAUCCACCGUAGCGUGCACACGGGCCUGCGGGCCUUCACAUGCGGCCAGUGUGGCCUGGCCUUCAAGUGGUCCUCACACUACCAGUACCACCUGCGGCAGCACACGGGUGAGCGGCCCUACCCAUGCCCCGACUGCCCCAAGGCUUUCAAGAACUCGUCCAGCCUGCGGCGCCACCGCCACGUGCACACAGGCGAGCGGCCCUACACCUGCAGUGUGUGCGGCAAGAGCUUCACCCAGAGCACCAACCUGCGGCAGCACCAGCGCGUGCACACGGGCGAGCGGCCCUUCCGCUGCCCCAUCUGCCCCAAGACCUUCACGCACUCAUCCAACCUGCUGCUGCACCAGCGCACCCACAGCGCAGCCGCCAGUGCCCCUGCCCCACCGCAGGAUGAGCCCAGCGCCAAGGUCUUGAUGUCCGACGCCUACCUGCAUGCACCUGUGCCCCCACCACCGCCUGCGCCCCCACCCGUGGUGCCUGAGCUUUUUCUGGCGGCGGCGGAAACCACGGUGGAGCUGGUGUACCGCUGCGAGGGCUGUGAGCUGGGCUUUGGUAGUGAGGAGCUGCUCCUGGAGCACCAGCCCUGCCCCGGGCCAGAGGCAGCCACCCCACCCCAGGACGCGCAGGCCACGACCACCCCCAAGGCAGACCCUGCCCCACCACCUCCCCAGUCCCCACCAGCCCCCCCACCACUGCCCCCGCCCUCGGCCAACCCCCCGGGGUUUGCUUGCCUCCCAUGCGGGAAGUCCUUCCGGACAGUGGCCGGCCUCUCCCGCCACCAGCACAGCCACGGGGUGGCCGGCGGGCAGGCGUUCCGCUGUGGCAGCUGUGACGGCGCCUUCCCGCAGCUGGCCAGCCUCCUGGCACACCAGCAGUGCCAUGUGGAAGAGGCGGCGGCUGGACGCCCGCCCCCUCAGGCCGAGGCCGCCGAGGUCACCUGUCCCCAGGAGCCGCUGGCCCCAGCGGCCCCCGCCCCACCCGCGCCUACGCCAGCCUGUACCGAGCGGCCCUACAAGUGUGCAGAGUGCGGCAAGGCCUUCAAGGGCUCCUCGGGGCUGCGCUACCACCUGCGGGACCACACGGGCGAGCGGCCCUACCAGUGUGGUGAGUGCGGCAAGGCCUUCAAGCGCUCCUCCCUGCUGGCCAUCCACCAGCGUGUGCACACAGGCCUGCGGGCCUUCACGUGCGGCCAGUGUGGGCUCACCUUUAAGUGGUCCUCACACUACCAGUACCACCUGCGGUUGCACUCGGGCGAGCGGCCAUACGCCUGCGGGGAGUGUGGCAAGGCCUUCCGGAACACGUCGUGCCUGCGGCGCCACCGCCACGUGCACACCGGCGAGCGGCCCCACGCCUGUGGCGUGUGCGGCAAGAGCUUCGCGCAGACCUCCAACCUGCGGCAGCACCAGCGCGUGCACACGGGCGAGCGGCCCUUCCGCUGCCCACUCUGCCCCAAGACCUUCACGCACUCGUCCAACCUGCUGCUGCACCAGCGCACCCACUCAGCCGAGCGCCCCUUUGCUUGCCCCAUCUGCGGCCGCAGCUUCGUCAUGGCAGCCUACCUGCAGCGGCACCUGAGGACGCACGCCCCGGCCCCCGCGGCUGCCGGCCCCGCAGCCCCCGCCACCAGCUCCCAGCCCCCUGCCCCGCUGGUGGCGGCUCCAGCCCCAUCCACCACCCAAGAUGUCCAUGUGCUCCCCCAUCUCCAGGCCACACUCUCCCUCGAGGUGGCGGGGGGCCCGGCUGCGGCCCCACCCCCGGGCCAGGCAGCCCCCAACUCCCAGACUUUUCUCCUGGUGCAGACGGCCCAGGGCCUCCAGCUCAUCCCUAGCAGCGUCCAACCCCCUACACCCACGCCCCCACCUGCUCCCCCCAAGCUCAUCCUGCUGCCCUCCUCCAGUACUGGUGCUGGGGGCCGCCGCGGAAGGCAGGGCACACGUGCAGCAGGGAAAUGUGCUCAGGGGCCUGGAGUAGUAUGGCUGCCGGGUCCUGGGGUGGGGGUCCAGGGAGGGGGCAAUGCAGGGGCCAGUGGGGGAGGGCAGAGCCUCAUUGUUCUGCAGAAUGUAGGGGGUGGGGAGGCAGGGGCACAGGAAGUGAGCGGGGUCCAGCUCCAGCCCCUCCGGCCAGCCCCCGAGGUGACCACGGUCCAGCUCCAGCCCACCCAGGAGGUGACCACAGUCCAGCUCCAGCCCACCCAGGAGGUGACCACAGUCCAGCUCCAGCCGGCCCAGGAAGUGACCACAGUCCAGCUCCAGCCUGUGGCAGGCCAGCUCUCCAAUCCCAGCGGGGGAGCUGUGACUCCUGAGGCCCCCAAUCUGCUGGUGGUUCAGAGUGGCACAGCUGAGGAGUUGCUGGCAGGUCCAGGCUCUGGGGAGCCAGGUGACAGUGAGGCCAGUGCUGGUGUUGUCCAGGAUGUGCUGUUUGAGACACUGCAGACAGACGAGGGGUUGCAGAGUGUCCUGGUGCUGAGUGGGGCAGAUGGCGAACAGACCCAGCUGUGUGUGCAGGAGGUAGAGACCCUCCCUCCUGGGCUGGCCGAGCCUCCAGCCCCUGGCCCUCCAGGACAGAAGCUGCUCAUCAUCCGCAGUGCACCUGCCACUGAACUGCUGGACAAUAGCAGCGGUGGGGGAGGUGCUGCCACACUGCAGCUGCUGGCCUCCCCCCCACCUGGCCAAGCCUCUGCCCCAGUGGGCAUCUCCACAGCUCCCACCUCCCAGAUGGUACAAGUGGUACCCACUGGCGCUGCACCUGGAGGUAUGACCCCACAGGGCCUACCCUCCAUCCAGAUUGUCCAGACUCUGCCUGCAGUCCAGCUGGUGCAUACGUUUUGAGGAGAACCACUGGGACUUAAUUGUGCCCUACACAGAGACCCCAACUCGCUGGGCUGGGCUGGGCUGGGCUGGGCUAGAGGGAGGGGAGCUGCAGGCUGGGCUUGCUAAUAAAGACUGGA